CCCUCCCCAACCCCCCCUCCUAUGUGUGUGUGUAUAUAUAUUUUUUUAAAUACUUUGUCAGGAAAAACUGUCAACCAUAUCCAAAGUGCAGGACCAAAGAGAAGUAAAUAAUGUAUGCUUUUGUUAGAUUCUUUGAAGACGAUAUGUGCUACGCGUGUCCCGUGUCAGAUGUGUUAGGUUUCAGCCCUGUGCACAGAGCAGACUUUGAUAAUCAGAAGGUGUAUCUGGUCCACAGAGCGGAGCAGCAUGGCUGCGCAGGCCAGCCCUGCCAGGCGCAGAUACUCGCCCUUGCAGAUACAGUAGAAGAAUUUGAAGAAAGUAUAACGCGAAAGAAGAUGAAAAUUCCCAAGAUGUCCAUCAAGACUUCAGGAAACUCUUUUGAGAACAACUUUGGAGAGGACAGAAUGCCACUCAGGCAUAAAAAGGCUUUGUCUAAUGACCAUGGGCGCCCCAUUUCCAACUCCUCAAAGAGCCUUGCAGCAGUUGUGGCUCGUCUGGAGAGGAAUGCAGCAAACUCCUUUAUGGAGGGUGAAGAAGACCUGGAUGAGGACCGACUGGCUGAGGAAGGAGAUGAUGCAGAUGACGAAGAUGAAGAUAUGGAGGUAGAGCAUCGGCAACGUCAUCACCAGCAACAACAGCAGCAGCAGCAGCAUUUAGAGGUGGACACAGAUUGUGUAUCAGAGGUAGCUGCAGCUGUGGUUCCAAGAGUCCUGUAUGAGGAGCUGGUUCUCAGCUACAGGCAACAGGAGGAAGAGAUGAGGAGGCUACAGCAGGAGCUGGAGCGGACCCGUAGGCAGCUUGUGCAGCAGGCCAAGAAGCUGAAGGAGUAUGGCAGUUUGCUGACAGAAGUCAAAGAACUGAGGGACUUCAACAGGAGGCUGCAAGAUGUACUUCUCAUGAGACUGGGCAGCGAGCCUAUGCAUGACAAUGGCACUCAGACAAUCAAGGCUGAAGUGGUUGAACCCAUUGUUGAGCCCCAUGAGACGUGCAGAGAAGAAGCCAACACCAGUUCCAGCUAUUCCCCCUCACCCAGAACAGUAUACACCUGCAAUGAUGGGAAGGUACAUCUUGGAGGUGGGAUUUGGGUGGAAGAGGAGAAGUGGCACCAGCUACAGCGAACCCAGGGAGAUUCCAAGUUCACAAAGAACCUUGCUGUGAUGAUCUGGGGCACGGAAACACUCAAAAAUCGCAGUGUCACAGGAGUCGCCACUAAAAAGAAGAAAGAUGCCCUUCCCAAACCUCCACUAUCACCCAGCAAGCUGAAAAUUGUCAGAGAAUGUCUCUAUGACAGAGUGUCUCAAGAGACAGCCGACAGUGCAGAAAUAACGCAGAGAUUGUCCAAAGUGAACAAAUACAUUUGUGAAAAGAUAAUGGACAUCAACAAGUCCAUCAAGAAUGAGGAGCGGCGAGAGUCCAAGCUGCUCAUCAGACAGACGGUCAAGAUGGAGAAUUUCACCUACGAUGGGAUAUAAUGAUCAGCCGUCAUGCCAGCGCCUUCUGCCCCGUGUGGUCCACAGGAUACUGAGGGGACUUGGUAUGGUUAGUUGGGGAGGUUGUGAACGCUUCUUUUUUUUUUUUUUUUAAUAUUAGAUAACAUUCUGUGAAACAUUAAAACAAACCGGUCCAUUCCCACCUCCGCACCACAGUUUUCUGAUUGGCUGACAGACAGCUUUACCCACCAAUUAGAGACUAAACGUCUGAAAUAGUUUGAUAUGAGCUGGCAUUGGUACUGAGAUGUGUGCAUGUGUGUCAAAAAGAUAAAUUAGAUUUGACUAUUAAUUUAUUGUUCUGUGUCAGAACAUCAUUUUGAAUCAUUGAACUUUUAAAAAGUAAGCUGUUAUUUCUGCAGGUUUAGUCUUUUGUUGCUGGACAGAUGAUGAUGAUAGUUUAAAGUAGUUUUUAGAUGUGUGACUGUCGUGUUGGUGACUUUCCAGUAAUUACUGGUCAUUUUAGUAUCGGCACUUAAUGCAUAGAGUGGGACAUCAGGGUCUCAAAUGCACAAGUCUUAAUUAGUGACAGCCAUAUUUCAUUUUGCAGUCUGUUGCUGCAAGAGAUUAAUUUUGAGUGUCUGUUUUCCUUCGACUCCCUUAACAUAUAACCUUAAAGGAAUAGGGCUUAGAGAUUUACUAGAGAAACUGACUCCAGUGCUGUCAAGAAUGAUAAUAAUAAUAAUAAUAUUAAUGUAAUUUGCCAUCAUUGCAUGAGCACAAGGAAGAUUUGAUGAUGAUAUUUCUGUUUUGCUCUUGAUCAAACAUGUCUAAGAAAACAGGACUGUUGUUAUGGUACAGGCAUUUGGAUGCCAUGGAAGGCCUUAAUAUGGAUUUGGCAAUCAGUAGGGACGAGAAUGUUCCUAAGUUUUUUUUAGUAAGCUGUGAUUGUAAAUGUUUAGUAAGCUGAAGAGAUGACGCUUCACCUGCACUUUGCUGUGAGAAUGUAAGAGGUGAUCAGGUACAAUAAUCUGUGUGGUUUGCACCGUUUUGUUGUACCGGACUAAUGCCCAGGUGAAAAUUGGAGCACCGCUCUCCGCAAGCCAGGUCAUCUUCUUGUGGAAGCAAUGUCAAAUGUGGGUAAAGCUGUCUGCUGCACUGGUUCUCCGUCAAGGUUGUCCGGCCCUGCUGAACCCCACAAUAACUCCCUCUUGUUUAAGCCACACAGCUGGGGAAGAAAGUACGGUUGGUCCAGUGACAAUUUCCUCCGAGAUAUGCCAUCAGAACUUUUAUAAUGCCCACCUUCUCUUCAGUUUUUUUUGUUUGUUUGUUUUUUGGUUUUUUUUUGUUCUUUUAAUUUCCUGCUAUGCUGUUUUGAUCCAAAAUGGUUCAUGUGGCUGUGUUCAGGCUGGAACAAAAUGCUGCAGAUUGAAAUCUCAAACUGUGACCUAGCUGUGGCUAACUGUGAAUCUGCUGCAGAGCUUCCCCAUCAAGCCUUUUGACUCUUCACACUCUAGAUUCCUGUUUGUCUUUACUUAUUUUCCUCUUUAUCUUUUUGUCCAUCUUGGUUUUUGAUAUUUCAAAUGUUCAGAUCAGCCUUUUGUUAAGCUAUGUUAAUGCAGAUAGUUUAGUGUACAUAAACAUAUCUAUCUUUUUAUUUUGUCACCAAACAUGGAUAUUUAUGUUUGUAGUCUCUUCAAAGUUUCAAGGUUCUGAUCAAGUUUUGAUUUAGCUAAUUGAUAUUGUUAUUCCAUGUUAUCUGUCAGUACUUUGUGUUUCUGUGUUGUCGUUUUUUUUUUCCCCAUAGGAAUUAUUGGCUUUAAGCUUAACAUCGCAUCCAAAUAUUGAUCAGUGGGGUCUACAAACAGAUGAAAAAGCACCUCCUUCGUAGCCAAAGUGAUUUGAGUGGAACAAGAGAGAAGGCUUUCCUGAAAUAACUAACAUUAAAAGAGCCCAUACUUUGAAGUCACAACACGUGAUCUCUGAUAAACCUCACUUAGGAUCUACCUACUUUAUGAUCCAGCAUAGUUGGAUGAAUAUCUGUAUUGUUAAAUGUUGCGCUCGAGCAGUUAAGAUGCAGUAACGAUCAACACAAAUCAUUUACAUUGAUGCACUUUAAACUUCUCUGCAAUUUUGUUCAAUGUUAAAGAAAUGUACUUGUGGUAUUUGUCUUUUUUUCAUUGUCUUCGUAGAUUAAGGCAUAACAGUCUGCAUUUUUUGUGAGCACCUUAGAACAUUUUUAUUUUAUUUUUUAAAUCCGGGCAAAAAUGCGCUAUUGAAUUAUUAUUUUCUCUUAAAGUCAGAUAUGCCCCUGACAUGCCAAUUCUCCAUUAUAUGCUUCAUAAAUUUAAUAUUUACUGUAAAAGUAACCUUUUUCAAAGAUGUGUUUUGGCUAUUAAAAGACACAUUUAUGUAGGUUAAAUUAUAUUAAAGCUGGAAUUUAGAUUUCUGCUGCAGCGACCUGGACAAGAAGUAGUUUACUGGUUAGAUUGAUCAACAACAUAUGACUCUUCAGUGCAAAAACAUAUUCACCACUUUAAACACUUUACAAAUGAAAUGUAUAAGCUGACUGGAAUUUGUGCUUUCACGUAAUGUGUUCAGAUGCUGGCAAUGUAUAGGUAUCACUUCUCAAUGUGCGUUUUUACAAAUUGUGAGCACCAUAACGAUGACGUCUAGUUUAGGGAAAAAAAAAAAAAGGUGGACACAGACGAGGUUUGCACAGAAAAAAGGCCCACACAAAUCUCUCUCCAAACUCUUGACUUUUUUUUAUCUUUUCUGGUGCCCCUUCAGCUUUUUGUUUAUUUUAUCCCUUUUUUCUUUGGGGGGGUGUUUUGAAAAUGUUUGAUAUUUUUUUUAAUAGGAGGGAAAAAAAGAGAAAUCUUUCUGCUGUGCAAAGCAUCCUUGCUGAUAUUCUGACACAUUGUUGUGCGUUUGUUUGUGUGUUGUUUGUUGCCAAAAGGGGGUGUGGUUGCGACAAUGCUUACAGAAAGAGUAUUUAUAGUGCUAUUACAUCAUCUAAAAUGGUAACUUGGUUUGAGAGGCUGGCUGAACAGAGCACGAUUAAGCCUAAUCCUUUAACGAAAACCAUCUUUGGUGGGUGAAAGAAAGUGCUGUAUGUUUUUAACCCAGAUUUAGUUUAAUCUGUGAUGGCGAGGCCAAUCUUUAUCAAAGUCACUUGCAGAAGACACAUGUGAAUUUUAAAAACAUACUAUUAUCAUACCUAAUACACAGCCUGGCAUAAUAAUUGAUGGAUCUUGCCGGUUAUUUGGCUCUGUGACACCGGUCCAUCCAGGACCCCGGCCACACUUCUGUCGCUGCAGUCAGAAAGCAUCCACUCGCUGGCUCUGAUCCUCUUUCUGUGUUACCUUUAGUUUCUUACUCUCCUGACAUUUAUACGGAUUACAUUUAUAGAUGCACAUGUAUCAAGAUAAUAGCGAAAGCUGUCCUCGCUUGGUGUUAUGGCUUAUGCUGUGAACACCCGUCAAAGCUUCAAAAAUGAGGGAGCUUUUUUGUUGCUUUUUGACAGUUUGAUUCAGUGAAAAGUGAUCCGUCUUUCGCUUCUCUCUGGAUCGAGAUAAAUGGCUCCGUCGUGCAGUUUGCAAAGUUAAAUGUAUACCAUGACACAUUACUUUUUGAGCCUCAGAUACAAUAUUAAAAAUCCUUCAAAAUGAGGAAAGAAAAAAAAAACAGAGGAAAAUAUGCCUAUAUUUUUUAUUAAGGUAUCUGUAACUUUGUAUACAAUCCACAAACCGGCUCUACUUCAUCUGACUUCACCGUCCUACCUCAUUGUUACUCUGGUGUUUGUUUGUCAGUGACUGUAAACUUACGUGUGUAAAUUAAAAACAAAAAAAUUAAAAUAUAUAUCUAUAGGAAAAAGGUAUAACUGGUUACUCUAAACAUGUACAGCAUAUAAAACUAGUAAAACACCUCAAUAUUCAAAUAUCAUUCUUAGGAAAAAUCUGUUUUAUUACCUGCUUAAAAAUGCUGCUGUAAGGGGGUUUCUCUGUGAGGGGUUGUUUCUGAUUCUAUAUCUUUGCUCUUUGCUAUGUUGUGCAGUUGAUCGCUGGUUGUGUUCUGUGUGUAUUGCAUUCUGAGAUUUCUUCUGGUUGACGGUGCUACCAGCAAACAGUUCAAAAACUGAUCUAUCUGACCUCAAAUGGUGCUGUUUUUCUAUGUUUUUAUUGUCAUACGGUUCUUGUAGUCAGGUGUGUUAACCGCCACUAUCCACUCAGCUAAUCAAAUUCUAAGCCAAAAUGUUGUGCAAGGCCGACGACCCUGCUAUAUCUGUAUCAACUAUAUGCUAUCCAUCCAAAUAUUGUAGAUAGUGAUUAUAUCUUCAGCUGUGAGUUUCAGAAGUACCUCAGAAGUUGCUGGUUUUAAGCGGAUGCAUCUUCUAGCACCUGUUGUCAUUUCCCAUUUUUGCAGUGUAUUUUCAGAAAUAUGCUUUUUUUGUGUGUCUUUUCUUCCUUUUUAGAUCAGGUAACCAUCAAAAAUAGUACCUGAUUAUUAGCUCGUUAAAUCUUAAGGACGAACUGCUUACUGGUUGCAUGCCAGAUCCCAGGUUGUUCACAGGAAAUAGUCUGAGAGGCCAGCGUGUGUCAGAGUAGCAGAGGUCCUCAGCAAAGCCAUGUUCUGCGUGAGUCGAGCUUGUUUUAUUGAUGAGAGAUUUUCCUGACAGUCUCAGUUUUAGGUGAAAAGCUAUACCCAUGUGAAGUGGUUUUUACAAUAUCUCAAAAACACGGAGAUCCCUGAGUUUUUCAGGUAAAGUCACGACGGCUGUCUAGUGUUGUAUGUGGGAACAGCUGAUCCACGUCUCACUGUUCAAUCUUUUUGUCCCUCACUGCUCAGAGGAUUCAGAUCUUCAGUGUUAACACAACUAGUCUCUGCAAGAAGUGCAUUACAUGUUCCUUUAUUUCCUUUUACCCCGUUCACUAACACCAGUGGAAUAUUUUCUGCGCCAAAAUGUUUCUGAGGGAUGAUUUUCAGUGUUGCUUUUUUUUUUUUUCUUCAGUUGUUUGUGAAGAUACACUAUAUCAUGGCGCCUCUACUGUGUGUAGCCCAAACAGCUGGUUGCAGAGACGCACUUAAGCCAUCCUUACAGCUUACUCUGGUCCUGUGUGGGUCAAGUUUAGAUCCUAUGCAGGCGUUGAGCUACUAACCUGGUACCACGUCAGUGUUUGAGUGGAGGGCCAGCCACAGAGACGGACAGAAGGAGAGAGAUGAAUGUGUCUGCACAGCCUAGAGAUUGAGUCAGAUGGGGACAACAGCGAUAUGACAAAUCCAAACAGAACUCUUACAACAUUUUAAAGUCUGCGUUAAAUUAAUCUGAGCUAUACAGGGCUGCUUGGUGUACCUAUCUGUAGUUAUUAAUGCAUUGCAGUUAUCAUCAGGGACAGACAGGGUUUUUACUGUACGUAGUAUUUCCAGUUGGUACGAUAAUGUGAAAAGAACUCAAGACUAUUGCAGUAAACACUCCCUCACCCCAGGUUGGCCUCCCAGAGGCAGACCCUACAUUAACAAAUAUAUGCUAUAGAGAGUGUACAUGUCUUCGCUAAACCGGCCACACCUCUGCUAUGCGAGCUUUUUGACGCUUAGCAUCUUGUUCUGUGUUUUUUCUCUUGCUGCAUUCAGGAACACCUGUUUAAUGUAUAUAUAAACUGAAAUAAAUCAAAACUUUUAUUCU